AAUUCGUCGCCCACACAUAUGAAGGCAUCACAGCCUGCAGUUCGCUCCCAGCUGAGGAAUAUUGCCCCUGCCCCUUCAUCUCAGAAGAAUUCCUCCAAGACUCUGGUCCUUAAGACCAUUCCCCUGAAAGUCAAACAAGUUGCUCCAACGACUAUUAAGAUGUUACCGAAGCAACCGAGUGUUCGGAUGCCUCAGAAUGUUGUCCCACCACAACCUGCAGAGGUAUGUCUAAGGUGGAACAGCUACCACAGCAACAUGCAGAGCAGCUUCCCAACUCUCUUGGACUCUGAAGAGUUUGUCGACGUGACUCUCGCCUGCGAGGGCAAAUCUGUCAAGUGCCACAAGAUCAUUCUCUCCUCCUGCAGUGAUUACCUGGCUGCAUUACUGCGUGAAAAUCCCUGCCAGCACCCCAUAAUAUUGAUGAAGGAUCUGAAGUUCUGGGAAGUUGAAGCACUAGUUAAAUUCAUGUACAAGGGGGAAGUAAACGUCGCCCAUGAUAAGUUGCCACAGCUUCUAAAUGCAGCUGAAGCACUUCAAGUGAAGGGAUUGGCUGGUCCCACUCCCCCUCAGACUCAGAAUCCUCCCACGCCUAUUUCACAAUCGAGACUCCAGACAACUCCAGCGGCUCCAAAACCUUCCGAGAAAGAUUCAAAAUCUUUCAACUUCUCUUCAAAAUCUCAGUCUAGUCCCAAACGAGGUGUUAAACGUCCUAUGGAGCACAAGGGUACUCGACCCUUCACGAAAAUUCGUAUUCAUCAUCCAAAGCUACCACCUUCUAGCGCAUCAUCACCGACGAUAAAGCUGGAGCCUCUGGACAUACCCCUGAGUGACACUGACAUAUUCCCUGAGACCAAUGACGACAGCUCCACGACAAAUUACGAUAAUCUCAUAACAAUGCACGAGGCUGAUGAUCCUGGGGGAGAUGAACGACCUGACUCAGCUGAUGGUGAUAUUCAAUUUGAUUUCCAUGGAUCCGAGGACAUCACAGAUGCUGAGGAACAGAUGGAAUUCGUACCGACUGAUUUUUUGGAACAGGAACAUGAUAUUUUGGAAGAAGUUGAUGCUGACAGCAGCAGGAACAGUGUUGAGGAGAUCAGAGAUGGUGAUCUGGAGGCUGAAACUCCUGAUGACGAUGAGAAAGAUGAUGAUGGAGAUGGGGGUGGAGGUGAAGUUGAAGCAGAUGAUGAUGAGUUGAGUAAAAAGGAUGAGACGUAGGGAAUGAGAUUUAUUUCAUUUUUACUGAGGACGAAAUUUCGAGGCCUCUCUGAAGGAAACUCAUCAUUUUCUUGAUAAUGUUUCGAAACACAUGAAGUGGAAAGUGCAUUAUUUCUCUACAUCCGUUGAAUUUCACGAGUAUAUUCAAUUACACUUGUCUUUCGUUGAUUACUCGUCCUUCUGAUCAAUGAACAUUGGUUUCUAAUCUUAAGGUUGAAGAGUAACGCAUUUAGAGUCAUGUUUAAAAUGUGGACUGUCAAAUUUUAUAUUUCAUUAUAUAAAGGAUCUAUCUUUAAGGAAUAGUUGACGCGAAAUCUGUGUGACCUGUACUCUAUCACGUAUUUUGGUUGAUACGUGAAUAAUAUAUUGAGAUAUUAAGAAACGAUUAAUGGAAUUCAUGAAGAAAGUAAAUAUCUGAAGCUGUAAUUUAUCUUAUAAAAUAUAUGACUUCGAAAACUA